UUUUUUUUUUAUUUUGAAAAUUUUAAAUUUUUUUUUUUUAAGAAUUGAAACUCUGUCUUCAAAACCGCACCCCUUAACUCUAAACCAUAAGUCUAGAUUAUUUAACCUUAGGAUAUAAACGUAUAUUUAACCUUUAAUAAAACUUCUUUUGGUCAUUUUACUCUUCGAGAACUUUUUUUUUUGACAAAUAUUUUUUAAAAAAACACUAUCAUAGGAAAUUUCUCUAAAUUAAAUAUCAAUUUUUAUUCACUUAUUUAACAGCAAAAAAUAAAGCACUUUAGCAUACAAAGGCUACUAUCAUAUGUGUGUUAAUAUGUUAUGACAUAUACCGAUAAAUAAACGAAGACAAUAGAGUAUCCGACAAUAUAUCCAACAAAUGUUUUAAGCAUGUGUGCAUCAAAAACAAAAUAAAGUAAAAAGUAAAAAGUAAAAUGAAAAAAAGAAGAGAAAUGAGCGGUAAUAAAAAGUACAAGAAAGCCCAAAUAAAAAUGCCAUUUUCAUUGAUCUUUUUGUCCCUUUCCCAAAAAGAAAAUAAAAUAAAAAAUUAAACCCAUUUCGAAAAAGCUCACCCACCUCCUCUUUCUCCUUCCUUAAAAGUUAAAACCUUACUUGCCCAUUCACGUUGACAAAGCCAAGCUACCAUACCACUCUCUCUCUCACCCAGGGCCGGCUCAAUAGUGUUAAGGGCCCUAGGGCGAAAAAAAAAAUUUUACGUUCUAAAAUUUAUAUGUAGAUAAUAUUUAAAAUGUUUUUAAAAUUUAAUCAGUAAUAUUUUGUAAUAAAAAUAAAACUAUCUGCAUAUCAAAUAAUUUAGCCCCUUUUCAAUUUUAUUUAUUAUAUUUAUAAUUUUUUAUAUAUAAAAAUAUAAAUUUAUAAAAAAUUGGGCCCCUUAAUUAGUAUUAUACGGGGAGACACGGGCUUGGGCCCGGGGCGGUCGCACCGCUUGUCCCUCCUAAUAAGCCGGCACUGCUCUCACCCUCCACUCUCUCGUUCUCUCUCUAAAUGGAAGCUCUCAGCUUUAUGAAACUUUUGCUGACAAACGCCAACGGAAAUAAACCCCGCCGUGAAAUCAUAACCUCCUCCACCGCAUUGGAAGAUCCAGAACUUGAUCUCCACGAAGAAGAUGAUUCCUUCUUCGAACUCGAGAUCUCUCCCUCCGAUUUCUCUUCAAAGAAAAACAAAACCCAUGAAGAGAGAGAAGACAAACAGACAACGUUCUCUGUCUCAAAGAGCAAAGUCCUCCCUUUUGUCGAAACCACUUCAAAACCUCAGUCUCCGAUCACUUCACUAAAGUCCUGUCAAAAGUUUGGUGCUUCCUCAUUCAAGAAGUCAACGACGACGACGGAGAAGAAAGAACACAACGACAGGAGCCUCAACGUAAGGUUCAGAAUCGAGGACGAGAUAACAAGUUUCAGACAACAGGUGAAAGCCGACAAUGACUCUGUUUCCUCUACUUCUUCCUCGAAGAGAUUCUUUGAUCUCAUAAAGCCUUUAUACAACAAAACAACGAAGAAACAGAGCGUUAACAGUGUAACUACAUCUCCUUUGUCUUCACCGGCGGCUAGAGAAAAACAGAGGAGUAAUAUCCCAUCAGGGAUUCGCAGCGUGAAGAGACAGCUUGGGAAGAGUCGGUCAGCGUCUGCGGCUGUCGGAGCGAUGUCUCCGGGGAAGAGACUCGAUGAGUCUUUACAGUUUCAACAAGAUGGGAUUCGAAGUGCUAUUCUCCAUUGCAAGAAAUCGUUUCACGGGUCAAGAGGUUAAUUGAAAAGAAAAGAAAAACAAAUAAAUAUUGUUUACUCUCAUUAUAUUUAGGCUUCGAAUGGUAAUCACCUUCCCGCCCCGCACCGCAGUUAACGGUAACAAAAAUCUUUAUAUAUACUUUAUAUCUAUACAUUUUUAUAACUGUUAGAACUGCACCGCACUUAAACCGCUUGUCCCGCACCGCUCAACCCGCAGUCACCAUUCGGAGCCUUAGAGUAACUUCCACUUUCGUAACUCGAAAAUUCACUUCAUUUAUUAAAAAAAUACAAGGUAAAAUAUGUAAGCCGGUGGAAAACAUAAAAAAAUCUCCCAAAAAAGUAGAAUGCAUAAGCUGGUGGAACAUGAAAAAAAUCCUCGGAAACAAUAGCUUAAAAGAAGGAGACAUGAUAGUAACCAAGACAAACAAUAGACAAGUAAUAUAGAGAGAGAUAAUGGAACUAGACCUGAGUCUAAUGAUCCAAUAACAAUAAUUACUCACAACCUUUCCAAAGAACACGGUAGCAAUGGAGCUGAACUAAAGAACAAAUGUCUUGAAGCAGUAAUAAAAGUAAAUGAAAGAAAAAUAAAUUCCACCUGAUUGGUAACUUCUAAGAGUAAAUCGGAAUAAUUAAUUUUUCACCAUUAUGUUUUUCCUUAGAAAUGCUGUACAAUCACAUCUUCAGUUUCUUUUGAAAAUUUGUUUUUUUAACACCGGAUGCGGAUACGUGAUUAUAUUAUCUUUAUUUUUGAAAAUUAGUUUAAAAUGUUGAUAAUGAUGCAAAACAGAGAAUCUUGUUCCAGAAACAGCAGAGUUCCAGAUUAGUGAAGGGUCGGGUUAUUGCCUUUGUAUAGUGAUGGAUCAUUAUGUGAUUCCUGACACCUAGAAAUUGAAAAAAAAAGAGGUAAAUAUAUAUAUAUGUUUAUUACAUAUCUCUGUCAAUCUAACAGUGUAACACUUUUUAUACCUUUUUUUUGUAAAUAACACUUUUUAUACUUCAGUUUCUUAAAUUCCCUUAGAAAUGACUUGAACGCACCUUUUUUUUAACACAUCUCCUAGUAAAAUUUUGUACUAACAAAAAUUGUUGCUUUGAGCUUUCGAUUGUUUAGAAAGCUUAAUGUAUAAAAAUUUGCUAAAAUAUACUCGUAAUUACAAAUAUGAUAAAAACUACAAAAUGCAUACACCCAGGCAUAAUUCCAAAUUUACUGUAAGCUAUUUCUAGUAAAUUUUAAAAAUGAUUUGAGUUAUCACAUAUUCCUUCUUAUUAUAUAUGUUUUUCAUGCUUAUUAAGAAAAUUAAUAAAUUUUAUAUGAUACUCUUUUUUUUUGUAAGCCAUUUUAUAUUAUACUUUUAAUUAAUACUUUGUUUUGUUUGAUUUUUUUUUUAAAAAUUAAUGAGCUUAAAAUAAAGAUAAAAUUAGAAAAAUUAUCUAAUAUAUGGAAGAAAAUCUAAAAUGUUACACACAAUGAAAUAAAUUUAAAAUCUAUUAUAAUAAUAUUUAAUAGUCUAUAGUAUAUACUAAUAAUAUUCAAACCCAAGUGUUGAUAUUAAUUUCGUAGUAUCCGUAUCUGUAUAAUUCAAUCCCCGUAACAUAUAUGAUCUUCUUGACUCAAAAACUAUUUGAUGCCUCAAUAUCAAAAUUAAAAUGUAAUAUCAAAUUAAACCUCUCAAGUAAAUUUGUCAAUUCCUAAGAAAUAUGCUAUUUUAGAAAACUGUAAGCUUUUUCUUGUUCUAGCGAAUAUCAAUUAAAAGGUAAUAAAAUAUUAAUAAAAACUGAAAUUUAAUGGAUAAAAUUCUUCAUUGAGAAUUUGGAAGUGACUUGUCACUGGUCCAUUUUUUCAUUUUAGCAUUUUUUCUUUCUGCUAUUUCACUUUCCAGGAAAAUUUAUGAAAUAUGACAGUGAUAGUUCAUCAUCUUGACCUAGAUGUAUCUAUGUUUAUAUCUAUCAGAUUAUUUUUUCUUGUUAUUCAGAUAAUAAAAAAUAGAAACUUUUUACACACAACCAAAAUAAUAGAUUAGAUAGAACAAUGAGAAAUUUCAUGUUAAUCAAUUUCAUGAUACAAUUAUUCAUCUUUACUAACACUAAAAAAAUAUUUUCAAAAUAUCGUUUUCAUCAAGUGGUAAAAGACUAUUAUAUAUUUUCUCUGUACAUAUAUAAUAAAUAAUUAUUUAAAUAAAUAAAAAAAAUUUAUGUUUUUGAAUUAUACUCUUUCAAAUUCGAAUUUUUUAUAAUUUUUUUUCUCUUUUUUGAUUUUUUUUUUCAAAAUUUCUUUUUGAAAAUUAAAAAUUAUGUUUGGAACUACUUUUUUAUAAAAGAUUAUUUUUAAAGUAUUUAUUUAUAUAUUUAUUAGAAUCUUAAAUUUCAUAUUCUAAAAAUCCUAUCCCACUUCUCUCCUCUAAACUCUAAAUCUAGAUUAGUUAAUCCUAUAAAUAUAAAUGUCUUUUACUUUUCAUUAAAAGUGAAGGUAAAAGUGUUUAGUGUAAACAUGAAAAUAGUAUUAUGAAUGUGGUAUAUGUGGUAAUUUUCCUUUAUUAAUUUUUUGGUUCAGUUAAAAUACUUUAGAUAUAAAUAUACACUUUUAAUAUAAUCAUAUCAACAUUGACAAAACCGCACACAUAACGUUAGAAACAGAUGAUAUAUUUGUGUUAUUACUGUUAACUGCAGUUUUAAGAGUCUCCUUGUAAAUUUGCCAUGCAACUUUAAUGUGCGGUUUUGGAUUACAUAAAUUGAAAUACGCACCACUUUUGAAUGGUGAAAUUUAGGAUCCAAAAUGUAACAACAGGUUGAGUGGAGCGGGACAAGCGGAUUAGUUAGUUAGUGCAGUGCGGUUUAUGUUUGAAAAAUUCAUACUGCAGGAUAAGUGCGGUUCGUCUAAAAAAGUGGUUAAAAACAAAAUGUGAACGGUGACAUGUAUAAUGAAUAGUAUAACUGCAGGAUACAUAAUAUAAUUAUAUGUUACAAGCUAAAAAAUAGUAAUAAUAAAUUUUUUAAUAUAUAUAUAUAUAUAUUAUUUUAAAAAAUAUUUAAUAUAUCUCAAAUAUGAAUUUUGAUAUGUUAUUACUGAGAUUUAAUAGUCAACAUCUUUUUUAAAGUAUAAUUGAGCUAGUUGUCUUUAAAUAAUUUAAGUUUGUUAUUUAAACAUAGAAAUGUUAAAACCAGUAUUAAUAUUUUACUAUUGAAUCUUUAUUAUGCAAUUUUAUAAAUAAUAUAAUUUUUAUCAAAUAUAUUAAAAUAAAUAAAAACAUGUUGGUUAAGUGCUAAAGGGGUUUCGGCUGGCUACUGCUAGAUGGUUCGACUCAUACUAAUCACCUAAUUGCACCUUUAACGAUAGAAUAACAUGUACGGAUUCAAAACUUCGUGUGAUUAUUCUCUUGGGAUCUCGUAAUUAUCAAUAUGAAUUAUUAAAAGUCAUAAAAUAAAUACACCUGUUAAAAUAUACAUUUGUAAUUAUAUUUUAUUUAUUUUAGUAUAAACAUAAAAUUGGUGAAAUUGCAAAGUAUAAGAAAAUACAUUUUUUUUUUAAAAAAAAAAGAAGAAGUUAAGCAAACCACACCUUAUACAAGUAGUUUGACCGCACAUUUCUAAUUCAUCGAAUUGUGCCACCAGAAAAUAAGACAUUUUUAUAUGUUUUGAUACAAACCUAAAUGCUAAAAAAACACUAACAUGGAAACCUAACUAAUAAAAUUAAAACCAAUUAAUUAUAUGCCGUACAGCAGAAACUAUAUAAAUUAAUACUCUAUAAAUUAAUAAAUAUUGUAUAUUAAUAAAUAUUCUCGGCCCCAAGUUGGACAGGUUCAAUGUACAAUCGAAAAACUAAUAAGAUAAAAAUUAUUUAGAAAACUCCAUGUAAAUAUAUGGUUCCAUCAUAAGCAUAAAUUAAUAAUUAUAUUUGUAUACAUUUUAUCUAAGCACAAACCAAACAUUGUAUUGUUUAUUUCAUAUUCGAAAUGAAAUUAUCUCUAGUUUUUAACAGUUCAAUAAAUUUUGAUAAUAUUUAGUAAUAUUAUAUCUAAAACUACAUCUAAAUUCUAUGAAAGAAAUAUUAUUUUAUAUAUACCAAAUAAUAUAAUAAAAACAAAAUAAAUGUCCAAUUUCAAAUUUUUUGUUACUGUAAAGCUUAAUUUUAAAAUUUCAAAAUCAACCAUUUUCUUAUUUUAUAGAAAAUAUAUUUUAAAAUAGAAAUUCUAAAAAGGAAAAUUUUGUAAAUUAAUAACUAUAUAAAUUAAUAAAAUAUCAUAAUCCCAACAUUAUUAAUUAAUAGAAUUUUUACUUUAGUUGUAUCUUAAUCAUCCUAACAGUAGUCUUGUAUCAAUAUUUAUGAAGUCUAGAAGCAAAAAGACACAUCCAAUUGGGAUCAAAUGAUUCAAAUUACUAUGUUCAUCACCCCCUCUUUUUUUUUUGUUCAUCACCUCUUAUUAAGACCAGAACACUAUGUUCUAAUAAGAUAUGUAUUCCAGUAUUCCACACGUCUACAAACCGUCUAUGGCGAGAGCGAAACAUGAGAAUGCAUGGAGAACGCAAGACAUCAGCAACUCGACUAGUCAAAAACAUUUAAUUAGAAUCAAAAAUGAAAAUAUGAAAUCGGCUCACUUCCAUCCGGAUCAUGGGAAACAACAGCUUUGACAAGCAAUGUGCAAGUGGUUCAACACGAGAAUCGCUUAGAGUCAUAAGGAAAACACACGAAGAUAUUAGCCCCUGGCUCUACUGUUUUUAUUUUUCUGAUGUUCACAAAGAAAUAGUUUUUUAAAAAAUAACUAAAACUAAAAGAUUCAUAAAAAAAAAUGUUCAAAAAUAGUAUUUAUGGGUCUACUGUCAACUAGGUAACAAAAACAUGACAUAAUAAAUACUAUAAAUAGAUAGUCAAUGAUGUGCAUUCUUUUUUUUUCUUUAUCAAGAACUUCUGUUACUUUGAUUUUGUGUAUGAGGUUAAGUUUUUUUCAAAUGUGAAACAAACUUUUCGCAUUAUGUUUAUAUGACAGUCAACAUUAUAUAAUCAUUUUCUGUAACGUAGAUAUAUGAGUUUCAGAUUCAGCAUGUAAGACUCAUUCAGCAAGUCUCAAAUUUACAUGAUGAUAGAAUGUUUC